UAAAAGCAAUAGUUUUCCUGGUCCUGCGCGCCCGAACAGCCAGCGGGGCAGGGUGGAGCCGGAAUAACCGGCUCCGAGCAUGCUUGGGAGCGCUCGCGCCGACCACAGCUACUCCAGCCUCUAAAUUCGCUGGCACUGCAAUAAUAGACAUAGCUCAUAGCGUACGCUCCGAGGCUAUAGCAGCUGCGAGGGGAGCAAUGCAAGCAUUCAUGGAGACGAAUACAUGUCUUGCCUUUGUGGCAGGGGGCGCGCUGCGAUAUUGCUGCUUCAUAAUAAGGAUUGCUGUGGAGAGCGCUCUGGAAUACAGCUGCAUAUCCAUUGCCAGGGAAACGUACGAUUGGCUGUAACCGGCGUAUAUUUACGCCCUGAUUUACGCCUCAAGUAUUCCGGGCCGACAUUCGAGUAGCGUACAUUUACACGAACGAACUUGCAAAGCACUUCUUCUUGUUCGCUCUUGUACGCCUCCCCUCAACAUCCCCUCCCCUCGACACCCUCUCCAUGCUAUCCUCCUUCGCCGCACACACGCCUGUGCCUCCCCACUGCCCCAUAAGAAAGCCUGCUCUCCUCCACAAACAUCGGGUUAUUUUUUGGUGUCAUAAUCAUGAUGUGUACCGGCAUAGGUGGUAAAAUUCUAACUCCAGAAUGUGGCUCACGGGCGCCUUGAGCCUGUUCGGCGGCGCCUGCACCGCCACCAGCUUUGUGCUGCAGGUCAGCGCGUCCGCGGCUAGCUAUGCCGCCAGCCUGCGCCUCAGCUGCCCCGCCGUGCCCAGCCUCACUGACGUGGCGGCGUCUCUGUCCUACGCCAACGGCACUGUGUCCCUCGAUGUGACCGGCAGCCUCAGCUUCCUGGACGGCGCGGUGGCCGUCUCGCAGCUCAGCCUGUCAAGCACCUCGGCCGCCGCUUACGUGGCGGGCUCGUGCACGGGCUCUGUGGCAGGCGCCACUGGCAGCUUGCAGUUCAACCUGACCAAGCCCACUGCCUCGGUGCCGGUUCCCAAGACGUCUCUGGCGCUCACCAUCCCGAACAUCAACUUUGGCACGCUGGCGUCCAGCCUGUGGGCUACUGCCGCGGGCCAGUCGCUUCCAUCUGUGCUGACGAGCCUGACGCUGCCGGUGGUGACCAUCCAGACACCAGACCUCUCACUAAGGGCCUACACAUUCUCGGCGUCUGUUCCCGCGGGCGCGGUGGACAUUGCCUUUGACCGCCAGGGUGUCUUGGCGGCGGUCCUCGCAAUGAAGGACAUGACGGUUCCGAGUCUGCUGAGCAGCAUUGGCGCGACGUACCCGCUUCCCUCCCCCGGCAGCAUGUUCAGCAUCAAUCCGAUCUCCAGCUUCCGCAUGACGUCUUCGCGUUCUAACGACACCUUCCUGAGGGCGCUGCGUGGCUACAACGCCACCAUCUCGGCGGGCACGACCUUCAACUUUGGUCUGGUCCUACCCACGCUCUCUCCGGGCGUCACUUACCAGACCAACCUGGCGGCGCGUACCGCCACGGGCGGCUUCCCUGCCAAGUUCACACUUCAGUUGACAAGUGCCAUCUCGAUGUUCAGCAACCUCAUCACGCUAUCCAACGUGAACUUCGAGCCGGUGUCAGGAGUGGGCAUCCGCAGCUCCUGCACCGCUAAUCUGCUGGGCGUCACCCUGAGCGGCAACCUCAGCUUUGCGCUGAGCGGCGGGCGCCCCACUCUGGCCGCGCGCGUGCUGAAUGUCAACUUGACCACGCUUGUGUCCAACGCCCGCAUGGUUGGGCCCCUGCCUCCGGCCAUGGCGUCGCGCCUUUCGUCUCUGACGUUUCCAUCGUUCAGCCUGGACUCGUAUGGCCCUGACGGCAAGUCGUACUUUGCGACGGCUGCCGGCCCUGCGGGUGGCCCGAGCUCGCUGCUGUCGCUAGCGGUGGACAGCUACGGCAUGCGCUACUUCAAGCUGGACAUGGGCACCACGUGCGUCAACCUGGGCAGCGCGCUGCAGAGCCUGGGCGUGACCAUGGCUGUGCCGGCAACCUCGUUCACGCUGUGCAACCUGGUGGUCACGCGUGUGCCCGCCGUCACGGGUGUGGCGAACGUCACGCUGCCUGACAACACUACCUUGGUACCAUCACUUGCGGCGAGCUUCAUGAUCUCCAUCCCUGAGCUUGGAUUCAGCAGCGUCAGUGCGAGGAUUUCAACCAGCCAGGCGGCCCCGUCUGCGGUGCAGAUCCAGCUCACGGGCGCCUUGAGCCUGUUCGGCGGCGCCUGCACCGCCACCAGCUUUGUGCUGCAGGUCAGCGCGUCCACGGCUAGCUAUGCCGCCAGCCUGCGCCUCAGCUGCCCCGCCGUGCCCAGCCUCACUGACGUGGCGGCGUCUCUGUCCUACGCCAACGGCGCUGUGUCCCUCGAUGUGACCGGCAGCCUCAGCUUCCUGGACGGCGCGGUGGCCGUCUCGCAGCUCAGCCUGUCCAGCACCUCGGCCGCUGCUUACGUGGCGGGCUCGUGCACGGGCUCUGUGGCAGGCGCCACUGGCAGCUUGCAGUUCAACCUGACCAAGCCCACCGCCUCGGUGCCGGUUCCCAAGACGUCUCUGGCGCUGACCAUCCCGAACAUCAACUUUGGCACGCUGGCGUCCAGCCUGUGGGCUACUGCCGCGGGCCAGUCGCUUCCAUCUGUGCUGAUGAGCCUGACGCUGCCUGUGGUGACCAUCCAGACACCAGAUGUUUUUCUUGGUGCCUACACCUUCUCAGCACUCGUGCCUUCGGGCGCGGUGGACAUUGCCUUUGACCGCCAGGGUGUGCUGGCAGCGGUAAUUGCCAUGGACGGCAUGUCGGUGCCGAGCUUGCUGAGCAGCAUUGGCGCGACGUACGCCCUGCCCUCCACGGACAGUAUGUUCACCACCGACGGCAGCCCGAGUUUCCGCAUGACGUCUUCUCGCUCGACCGAUGCACUGCUGACAGCACUGCGUGGCUACAGCGCCGCCAUUUCGCCGGGCACAAUCUUCAACUUUGGUCUGGUCUUUCCAACGCUGAGCCCUGGAACGGCGUACCUGACCAACGUGGUUGCGCGCACCGCAGCUGGAGGGUUUCCCGACAAGUUCACACUUCAGAUCAGUAGCCCCAUCUCGAUAUUUGGUGACCUCAUUACGCUAUCCGACAUGAACUUUGAGGCGGUGUCAGGAGUGGGCAUCCGCAGCUCCUGCACCGCUAACCUGCUGGGCGUCACCCUGAGCGGCAACCUCAGCUUUGCGCUGAGCGGCGGGCGCCCCACUCUGGCCGCGCGCGUGCUGAAUGUCAACUUGACCACGCUUGUGUCCAACGCCCGCAUGGUUGGGCCCCUGCCUCCAGCCAUGGCGUCGCGCCUUUCGUCUCUGACGUUUCCAUCGUUCAGCCUGGACUCGUAUGGCCCUGACGGCAAGUCGUACUUUGCGACGGCUGCCGGCCCUGCGGGUGGCCCGAGCUCGCUGCUGUCGCUAGCGGUGGACAGCUACGGCAUGCGCUACUUCAAGCUGGACAUGGGCACCACGUGCGUCAACCUGGGCAGCGCGCUGCAGAGCCUGGGCGUGACCAUGGCUGUGCCGGCAACCUCGUUCACGCUGUGCAACCUGGUGGUCACGCGUGUGCCCGCCGUCACGGGCGUGCCUGAUGUCGUGCUGCCUGACGCCACUACCAUGGCGCCAUCAUUUGCGGCCAGCUUCAUCAUCUCCAUCCCCGAGCUGGGGUUCAACAAUGUUGCAGCGAGGAUUACAACGAGCCAGUCCACUCCGUCCACCGUGCAGAUUCAACUCACGGGCGCCUUGAGCCUGUUCGGCGGCGCCUGCACCGCCACCAGCUUUGUGCUGCAGGUCAGCGCGUCCGCGGCUAGCUAUGCCGCCAGCCUGCGCCUCAGCUGCCCCGCCGUGCCCAGCCUCACUGACGUGGCGGCGUCUCUGUCCUACGCCAACGGCGCUGUGUCCCUCGAUGUGACCGGCAGCCUCAGCUUCCUGGACGGCGCGGUGGCCGUCUCGCAGCUCAGCCUGUCAAGCACCUCGGCCGCCGCUUACGUGGCGGGCUCGUGCACGGGCUCUGUAGCAGGCGCCACUGGCAGCUUGCAGUUCAACCUGACCAAGCCCACCGCCUCGGUGCCGGUUCCCAAGACGUCUCUGGCGCUGACCAUCCCGAACAUCAACUUUGGCACGCUGGCGUCCAGCCUGUGGGCUACUGCCGCGGGCCAGUCGCUUCCAUCCGUGCUGAUGAGCCUGACGCUGCCUGUGGUGACCAUCCAGACACCAGAUGUUUUUCUUGGUGCCUACACCUUCUCAGCACUCGUGCCUUCGGGCGCGGUGGACAUUGCCUUUGACCGCCAGGGUGUGCUGGCAGCGGUAAUUGCCAUGGACGGCAUGUCGGUGCCGAGCCUGCUGAGCAGCAUUGGCGCGACGUACGCCCUGCCCUCCACGGACAGUAUGUUCACCACCGACGGCAGCCCGAGUUUCCGCAUGACGUCUUCUCGCUCGACCGAUGCACUGCUGACAGCACUGCGUGGCUACAGCGCCGCCAUUUCGCCGGGCACAAUCUUCAACUUUGGUCUGGUCUUUCCAACGCUGAGCCCUGGAACGGCGUACCUGACCAACGUGGUUGCGCGCACCGCAGCUGGAGGGUUUCCCGACAAGUUCACACUUCAGAUCAGUAGCCCCAUCUCGAUAUUUGGUGACCUCAUUACGCUAUCCGACAUGAACUUUGAGGCGGUGUCAGGAGUGGGCAUCCGCAGCUCCUGCACCGCUAACCUGCUGGGCGUCACCCUGAGCGGCAACCUCAGCUUUGCGCUGAGCGGCGGGCGCCCCACUCUGGCCGCGCGGGUGCUGGAUGUCAACUUGACCACGCUUGUGUCCAACGCCCGCAUGGUUGGGCCCCUGCCUCCAGCCAUGGCGUCGCGCCUUUCGUCUCUGACGUUUCCAUCGUUCAGCCUGGACUCGUAUGGCCCUGACGGCAAGUCGUACUUUGCGACGGCUGCCGGCCCUGCGGGUGGCCCGAGCUCGCUGCUGUCGCUAGCGGUGGACAGCUACGGCAUGCGCUACUUCAAGCUGGACAUGGGCACCACGUGCGUCAACCUGGGCAGCGCGCUGCAGAGCCUGGGCGUGACCAUGGCUGUGCCGGCAACCUCGUUCACGCUGUGCAACCUGGUGGUCACGCGUGUGCCCGCCGUCACGGGCGUGCCUGAUGUCGUGCUGCCUGACGCCACUACCAUGGCGCCAUCAUUUGCGGCCAGCUUCAUCAUCUCCAUCCCCGAGCUGGGGUUCAACAAUGUUGCAGCGAGGAUUGCAACGAGCCAGUCCACUCCGUCCACCGUGCAGAUUCAACUCACGGGCGCCUUGAGCCUGUUCGGCGGCGCCUGCACCGCCACCAGCUUUGUGCUGCAGGUCAGCGCGUCCGCGGCUAGCUAUGCCGCCAGCCUGCGCCUCAGCUGCCCCGCCGUGCCCAGCCUCACUGACGUGGCGGCGUCUCUGUCCUACGCCAACGGCACUAUGUCCCUCGAUGUGACCGGCAGCCUCAGCUUCCUGGACGGCGCGGUGGCCGUCUCGCAGCUCAGCCUGUCAAGCACCUCGGCCGCCGCUUACGUGGCGGGCUCGUGCACGGGCUCUGUGGCAGGCGCCACUGGCAGCUUGCAGUUCAACCUGACCAAGCCCACCGCCUCGGUGCCGGUUCCCAAGACGUCUCUGGCGCUGACCAUCCCGAACAUCAACUUUGGCACGCUGGCGUCCAGCCUGUGGGCUACUGCCGCGGGCCAGUCGCUUCCAUCCGUGCUGACGAGCCUGACGCUGCCUUCGGUGACCAUCAAGACACCAGACCUCUUACUGAGGGCCUACACAUUCGCGGCAUCUGUUCCUGCGGGCGCGGUGGACAUUGCCUUUGACCGCCAGGGUGUCUUGGCGGCGGUCCUCGCAAUGAAGGACAUGACGGUUCCGAGUCUGCUGAGCAGCAUUGGCGCGACGUACCCGCUUCCCUCCCCCGGCAGCAUGUUCAGCAUCAACCCGAUCUCCAGCUUCCGCAUGACGUCUUCGCGUUCUAACGACACCUUCCUGAGGGCGCUGCGUGGCUACAACGCCACCAUCUCGGCGGGCACGACCUUCAACUUUGGUCUGGUCCUACCCACGCUCUCUCCGGGCGUCACUUACCAGACCAACCUGGCGGCGCGUACCGCCACGGGCGGCUUCCCUGCCAAGUUCACACUUCAGUUGACAAGUGCCAUCUCGAUGUUCAGCAACCUCAUCACGCUAUCCAACGUGAACUUCGAGGCGGUGUCAGGAGUGGGCAUCCGCAGCUCCUGCACCGCUAACCUGCUGGGCGUCACCCUGAGCGGCAACCUCAGCUUUGCGCUGAGCGGCGGGCGCCCCACUCUGGCCGCGCGCGUGCUGAAUGUCAACUUGACCACGCUGGUGUCCAACGCCCGCAUGGUUGGGCCCCUGCCUCCAGCCAUGGCGUCGCGCCUUUCGUCUCUGACGUUUCCAUCGUUCAGCCUGGACUCGUAUGGCCCUGACGGCAAGUCGUACUUUGCGACGGCUGCCGGCCCUGCGGGUGGCCCGAGCUCGCUGCUGUCGCUAGCGGUGGACAGCUACGGCAUGCGCUACUUCAAGCUGGACAUGGGCACCACGUGCGUCAACCUGGGCAGCGCGCUGCAGAGCCUGGGCGUGACCAUGGCUGUGCCGGCAACCUCAUUCACGCUGUGCAACCUGGUGGUCACGCGUGUGCCCGCCGUCUCGGGUGUGGCGAACGUCACGCUGCCUGACAACACUACCUUGCUACCAUCACUUGCGGCGAGCUUCAUGAUCUCCAUCCCUGAGCUUGGAUUCAGCAGCGUCAGUGCGAGGAUUUCAACCAGCCAGGCGGCCCCGUCUGCGGUGCAGAUCCAGCUCACGGGCGCCUUGAGCCUGUUCGGCGGCGCCUGCACCGCCACCAGCUUUGUGCUGCAGGUCAGCGCGUCCGCGGCUAGCUAUGCCGCCAGCCUGCGCCUCAGCUGCCCCGCCAUGCCCAGCCUCACUGACGUGGCGGCGUCUCUGUCCUAUGCCAACGGCGCUGUGUCCCUCGAUGUGACCGGCAGCCUCAGCUUCCUGGACGGCGCGGUGGCCGUCUCGCAGCUCAGCCUGUCCAGCACCUCGGCCGCCGCUUACGUGGCGGGCUCGUGCACGGGCUCUGUGGCAGGCGCCACUGGCAGCUUGCAGUUCAACCUGACCAAACCCACUGCCUCGGUGCCGGUUCCCAAGACGUCUCUGGCGCUGACCAUCCCGAACAUCAACUUUGGCACGCUGGCGUCCAGCCUGUGGGCUACUGCCGCGGGCCAGUCGCUUCCAUCUGUGCUGAUGAGCCUGACGCUGCCUGUGGUGACCAUCCAGACACCAGAUGUUUUUCUUGGUGCCUACACCUUCUCAGCACUCGUGCCUUCGGGCGCGGUGGACAUUGCCUUUGACCGCCAGGGUGUGCUGGCAGCGGUAAUUGCCAUGGACGGCAUGUCGGUGCCGAGCUUGCUGAGCAGCAUUGGCGCGACGUACGCCCUGCCCUCCACGGACAGUAUGUUCACCACCGACGGCAGCCCGAGUUUCCGCAUGACGUCUUCUCGCUCGACCGAUGCACUGCUGACAGCACUGCGUGGCUACAGCGCCGCCAUUUCGCCGGGCACAAUCUUCAACUUUGGUCUGGUCUUUCCAACGCUGAGCCCUGGAACGGCGUACCUGACCAACGUGGUUGCGCGCACCGCAGCUGGAGGGUUUCCCGACAAGUUCACACUUCAGAUCAGUAGCCCCAUCUCGAUAUUUGGUGACCUCAUUACGCUAUCCGACAUGAAUUUUGAGGCGGUGUCAGGAGUGGGCAUCCGCAGCUCCUGCACCGCUAAUCUGCUGGGCGUCACCCUGAGCGGCAACCUCAGCUUUGCGCUGAGCGGCGGGCGCCCCACUCUGGCCGCGCGGGUGCUGGAUGUCAACUUGACCACGCUUGUGUCCAACGCCCGCAUGGUUGGGCCCCUGCCUCCAGCCAUGGCGUCGCGCCUUUCGUCUCUGACGUUUCCAUCGUUCAGCCUGGACUCGUAUGGCCCUGACGGCAAGUCGUACUUUGCGACGGCUGCCGGCCCUGCGGGUGGCCCGAGCUCGCUGCUGUCGCUAGCGGCGGACAGCUACGGCAUGCGCUACUUCAAGCUGGACAUGGGCACCACGUGCGUCAACCUGGGCAGCGCGCUGCAGAGCCUGGGCGUGACCAUGGCUGUGCCGGCAACCUCGUUCACGCUGUGCAACCUGGUGGUCACGCGUGUGCCCGCCGUCACGGGCGUGCCUGAUGUCGUGCUGCCUGACGCCACUACCAUGGCGCCAUCAUUUGUGGCCAGCUUCAUCAUCUCCAUCCCCGAGCUGGGGUUCAACAAUGUUGCAGCGAGGAUUGCAACGAGCCAGUCCACUCCGUCCACCGUGCAGAUUCAACUCACGGGCGCCUUGAGCCUGUUCGGCGGCGCCUGCACCGCCACCAGCUUUGUGCUGCAGGUCAGCGCGUCCGCGGCUAGCUAUGCCGCCAGCCUGCGCCUCAGCUGCCCCGCCGUGCCCAGCCUCACUGACGUGGCGGCGUCUCUGUCCUACGCCAACGGCACUAUGUCCCUCGAUGUGACCGGCAGCCUCAGCUUCCUGGACGGCGCGGUGGCCGUCUCGCAGCUCAGCCUGUCAAGCACCUCGGCCGCCGCUUACGUGGCGGGCUCGUGCACGGGCUCUGUGGCAGGCGCCACUGGCAGCUUGCAGUUCAACCUGACCAAGCCCACCGCCUCGGUGCCGGUUCCCAAGACGUCUCUGGCGCUGACCAUCCCGAACAUCAACUUUGGCACGCUGGCGUCCAGCCUGUGGGCUACUGCCGCGGGCCAGUCGCUUCCAUCCGUGCUGACGAGCCUGACGCUGCCUUCGGUGACCAUCAAGACACCAGACCUCUUACUGAGGGCCUACACAUUCGCGGCAUCUGUUCCUGCGGGCGCGGUGGACAUUGCCUUUGACCGCCAGGGUGUCUUGGCGGCGGUCCUCGCAAUGAAGGACAUGACGGUUCCGAGUCUGCUGAGCAGCAUUGGCGCGACGUACCCGCUUCCCUCCCCCGGCAGCAUGUUCAGCAUCAACCCGAUCUCCAGCUUCCGCAUGACGUCUUCGCGUUCUAACGACACCUUCCUGAGGGCGCUGCGUGGCUACAACGCCACCAUCUCGGCGGGCACGACCUUCAACUUUGGUCUGGUCCUACCCACGCUCUCUCCGGGCGUCACUUACCAGACCAACCUGGCGGCGCGUACCGCCACGGGCGGCUUCCCUGCCAAGUUCACACUUCAGUUGACAAGUGCCAUCUCCAUGUUCAGCAACCUCAUCACGCUAUCCAACGUGAACUUCGAGCCGGUGUCAGGAGUGGGCAUCCGCAGCUCCUGCACCGCUAACCUGCUGGGCGUCACCCUGAGCGGCAACCUCAGCUUUGCGCUGAGCGGCGGGCGCCCCACUCUGGCCGCGCGCGUGCUGAAUGUCAACUUGACCACGCUGGUGUCCAACGCCCGCAUGGUUGGGCCCCUGCCUCCAGCCAUGGCGUCGCGCCUUUCGUCUCUGACGUUUCCAUCGUUCAGCCUGGACUCGUAUGGCCCUGACGGCAAGUCGUACUUUGCGACGGCUGCCGGCCCUGCGGGUGGCCCGAGCUCGCUGCUGUCGCUAGCGGUGGACAGCUACGGCAUGCGCUACUUCAAGCUGGACAUGGGCACCACGUGCGUCAACCUGGGCAGCGCGCUGCAGAGCCUGGGCGUGACCAUGGCUGUGCCGGCAACCUCAUUCACGCUGUGCAACCUGGUGGUCACGCGUGUGCCCGCCGUCUCGGGUGUGGCGAACGUCACGCUGCCUGACAACACUACCUUGCUACCAUCACUUGCGGCGAGCUUCAUGAUCUCCAUCCCUGAGCUUGGAUUCAGCAGCGUCAGUGCGAGGAUUUCAACCAGCCAGGCGGCCCCGUCUGCGGUGCAGAUCCAGCUCACGGGCGCCUUGAGCCUGUUCGGCGGCGCCUGCACCGCCACCAGCUUUGUGCUGCAGGUCAGCGCGUCCGCGGCUAGCUAUGCCGCCAGCCUGCGCCUCAGCUGCCCCGCCGUGCCCAGCCUCACUGACGUGGCGGCGUCUCUGUCCUACGCCAACGGCACUAUGUCCCUCGAUGUGACCGGCAGCCUCAGCUUCCUGGACGGCGCGGUGGCCGUCUCGCAGCUCAGCCUGUCCAGCACCUCGGCCGCCGCUUACGUGGCGGGCUCGUGCACGGGCUCUGUAGCAGGCGCCACUGGCAGCUUGCAGUUCAACCUGACCAAGCCCACCGCCUCGGUGCCGGUUCCCAAGACGUCUCUGGCGCUGACCAUCCCGAACAUCAACUUUGGCACGCUGGCGUCCAGCCUGUGGGCUACUGCCGCGGGCCAGUCGCUUCCAUCCGUGCUGACGAGCCUGACGCUGCCUUCGGUGACCAUCCAGACACCGGAUAUCUCUCUUGGUGCCUACACCUUCUCAGCACUCGUGCUUUCGGGCGCGGUGGACAUUGCCUUUGACCGCCAGGGUGUGCUGGCAGCGGUAAUUGCCAUGGACGGCAUGUCGGUGCCGAGCUUGCUGAGCAGCAUUGGCGCGACGUACGCCCUGCCCUCCACGGACAGUAUGUUCACCACCGACGGCAGCCCGAGUUUCCGCAUGACGUCUUCUCGCUCGACCGAUGCACUGCUGACAGCACUGCGUGGCUACAGCGCCGCCAUUUCGCCGGGCACAAUCUUCAACUUUGGUCUGGUCUUUCCAACGCUGAGCCCUGGAACGGCGUACCUGACCAACGUGGUUGCGCGCACCGCAGCUGGAGGGUUUCCCGACAAGUUCACACUUCAGAUCAGUAGCCCCAUCUCGAUGUUUGGUGACCUCAUUACGCUAUCCGACAUCAACUUUGAGGCGGUGUCAGGAGUGGGCAUCCGCAGCUCCUGCACCGCUAAUCUGCUGGGCGUCACCCUGAGCGGCAACCUCAGCUUUGCGCUGAGCGGCGGGCGCCCCACUCUGGCCGCGCGGGUGCUGGAUGUCAACUUGACCACGCUUGUGUCCAACGCCCGCAUGGUUGGGCCCCUGCCUCCAGCCAUGGCGUCGCGCCUUUUGUCUCUGACGUUUCCAUCGUUCAGCCUGGACUCGUAUGGCCCUGACGGCAAGUCGUACUUUGCGACGGCUGCCGGCCCUGCGGGUGGCCCGAGCUCGCUGCUGUCGCUAGCGGUGGACAGCUACGGCAUGCGCUACUUCAAGCUGGACAUGGGCACCACGUGCGUCAACCUGGGCAGCGCGCUGCAGAGCCUGGGCGUGACCAUGGCUGUGCCGGCAACCUCGUUCACGCUGUGCAACCUGGUGGUCACGCGUGUGCCCGCCGUCACGGGUACGUACAUACGUGGGAGCUGUAAGGGCUACGGAGGAUAAAUGAGUUGAGAGUCAUGCGACUCAUCAUUCAUUCAAUGAUUAUCUUGAUGAUGGGUGCGCUACAUGUAUUACAUGUAUAUAUGUGUACACAGGUGUGUCCAACGUUACCUUGCCUGAUGGUACGACACUCGUGCCUUACUUCGAGGCCAGCUUUGUACUAUCCGUCCCUGAGCUUGAGAUUGAUAGCAUUGCCGCACGAAUUACAACGAUUCAGGUGUCGGCUGCGUCCUUGAACAUCCAGGUACGGCUUGCGGAUGGAGUAAUCUCUGCAUAAUCACAUUUUGUCUGAAGCAUGUUCAACCACGCUUGCAUCAAGAGCUGCGUUAGAAAACUUCAACCUUUGUGUGCAGGUCACUGGCAACGUUGCCAUGUUUGGCGGAUCCUGCACCGCAAGCAAUCUGGUUGUGGUGAUCCAGGCCGGAAGCUCGAGCUACUCCGCUAGCCUGCGGCUUAGCUGCCCGGAUGCCGGCAUCACAAAUGUCCUUGCCUCUUUAGCAUAUAAUGGCACGACCGGCACCAUCACAGUUUCAGCCACUGGUGGUGUUUCCCUCCUGAACGAUGCAGUCCAGGUUAGCAGCAUGACCCUCAGCACGACCCUGUCUGGAGAAUACCUUGCGGGGGAGGCAACAGGUGCUUUGGCGGGAUCAACUUGCUCAGUGUCGUUUAAUGUAAGCAAGGCCAUCCCGGUUGGUGCCACUACCCGCAAGAGCGCUCUUGCGCUCGCGGUACCCAAUGUCAAUUUCGGCGCACUGGCAUCCAGCCUCUGGUCCUCGAUCGCCGGUGGCAUCACGCUGCCCAAUGGCUUCAACAGCAUUACCCUGCCGAAGGUCGACAUUUGGACACCUGCUAUGUCACUAGGUAAGAAGCCCCGCAUCAUGUACUUGUGGGUAAUGUAUGAGUGGAAUUGGUCGUGUCUUGCAGGUGUUUAUGCCUUUAAAGCAGCAUCAGGAGCAGGCAACCUCGAGCUCUAUUUUGACAAGUCAGGCGUCCUUGCGGCGUCCAUGUCUAUGGCUCAGAACCUCAAUGUUGCAGACUUAUUGAGCCAGGUCGGCAUGACGCUACCUGUUGCUGUCGACAAUAUUAUGUCUAUCAGUGCGCCGGCUUUCAGGUUGACGUCAGAUCGCGUCAAUGCCGCUGUCCUCGGAGGUAAGAUCACAGCAAGCAACUCCUGGAGUAUACAGAGUAGCCUAAAUUUAUGUGGAUAAGUGUGGUACACGUUCCACUCAAGUCCAUGCACCACCUAACCGCGUCUCUCUCUUGUUGCCUCUUCAUGUAUGGGCAGUGUUUGGCGCAUCGGCCCCAUCAGCACUGGGAUCCUUCUUCAGCUUUCGUCUAGCCCUUCCUGCGGCCUUGUCGGGGGCACUGGUGCCGUGUGAACUCGGCGUGCGCGACGGCUCAGGCGCUGCGCUGUCCAUUUUUACGUUCAAAGUAAGGCCCCAAUCAACAUCCAUAUAUCGCUGGGCCCGACCUACUGUGUAUGUGAUGUAAUGUAUGCACUUUGUAGCAUCUUUAACCCAUGACACGUUACAUGCCCUUCUGGGUCUUUGUAUGCAUGCAUUGUUGGGCAGCAUUAGGUUCACAAGCAUGCCAACGCAAACAACGUGUGCGCCAUGCAUGGCACGCACCUACCGCUUGUGUGCCUUUCCUUGACACAGAUCAAAGAUGCGAUAUCACUUCUAGAUGGUGUGUUGAGCGUACCCGCGCUACAGCUGGACGCCAUCCAGGGAGUUGGAUUGAGGGCACGCACCGGUGCCAACCUGCUUGGCACUGCUUUGGAUGCCAACAUGUGCGUACAGUGACAGCGGUAGUAUCAUGCUGCUGAUAAUCUUGCAGCAUGGUUUGGGGCUGCAUUUUCAUAUAAAUAUGUACACAAAUAGAAUGGACAGGGGCCGGGGCCAUUGAUAAGUAGGGGCAAUGAAGUGGGUUUGAAAUCAUGUCGCAUCGUUAUGGAAUUGCUAUGAUGUGUCAUUAUUUUUGUGUGUGUUUGUUUUGUACGUGCAGCACGCUGCCGGAUGGCGUGGGUGCCAAGCCAAGUGUCUACAUUGCGGGCAGCAACAUCAACCUUUACGGGC